UCGUGCAUUCUAGAGAAAACAAACUACUGAGGAGUCUGAGGAAGUCUGUAGGUCAUCAUUCUCAAGAAAACAAGGUUUAGUGAUCAUAGCUGGGCUGCCCAGAUAAACCGCGGUAAAAAAGAAAACGAUAGCAGAAUUAUGGCGACAACAAAUUUUACAGAUGGUGGGUCUAAGAUAAAAACAAUCCAAGAACUGGCAUGUUCCCCUUCUUCAGCCGAUGGAUUACAACAACCAUCAAUUUAUCUCGCUGCAGUCAACAUGUUCCUCUCAGUCACUGCGUUUCUUGGGAAUUUUCUCAUUCUUGUUGCCCUUCGCAAGGAGUCUUCCCUUUGUCCGCCAUCCAAGCUCUUAUAUCGUUGUCUGGCAAUAACUGAUCUGUUGGUUGGUCUUGUUACUCAGCCUCUUUAUGCUACUUAUUGGAUGUCCUUAGUUUACGAACAACGGAGUCUUUGUCUAUAUACAUACUACACCGCCUGCAUAACAGGCUUUACCUUGUAUUCAGUGUCUUUGUUGACAAUAACGGCCAUAAGCGUGGACAGACUUCUGGCCCUGUUGUUAGGGCUGAGAUACAGACAAAUUGUAACGUUGAAGCGCACAAGUAUCAUUACAACUACCUUUUGGAUUGUAUCUGUUGUCGCCGCUUUAUGCUACAUUUUAGAUCACCGCAUAACCCUUUCUUUUGGUUGUACAGUUAUACCAUCUUGUCUAGUGAUCUCAAUCACAUUGUACUCAAAGAUUUUUCGCACUCUCAGGCAUCAACAGGCUCGAGUACAAGAUCGUUUUCAACAGCAGCCAGGCCAACCAAAUGCACUGAACAUCGCAAGAUACAGAAAGGCAGUGUACAGUGCACUGUGGGUGCAGCUUGCUUUAGUUGUUUGUUAUGCACCAUAUGAUAUUGUGGUAACUAUGAUCAUGUUAAGAAAGUCAUAUUCAUCACAUCUCAUCGUCAGUAAAGACAUUCUGGUAGUUUUUGCCCACUUUGACUCCUCUUUAAAUCCUUUUCUUUUUUGCUGGAGGAUUGGUGAAGUAAAACAAGCAGUAAAGCAGACAAUCAGACAAACACUUUGUCUAUAGAGUUAAAUUCGUCUUAGGCCACACUCAAAUAGACACCUUCAAGGCUGACGUUUAAUUAGUCACAACCCCUUCUCAGAAUGCUUCAGUGUCAAAUAUGUCACUGGAUUAGAGGAAAUAAGUAGUUCUAAAAAAUCGCUCCUCGAGGCUUGUAAAUAUAUUUUUUCCGCACGUAAAAAACUGAAUGAAAGGCAAUGGAAACACGAAUAACAUCUUUUGAAACAAUGUUUCCGGCUACUGAAGUUUGUCGUGAAUGCAACAAGUCAUAACCAAAGAAAAGUGUAAUUGUAUUGUAAUAUAUGUAUUGUAAGUAGUACAGGUUAAUGUAGUGUAAGCAUCGUGUAAGAAGUAAGUAUAGUGUAAGUACAUAUGUAAGUAUAAUAUAGAGAAAAAAA